CCAGUUCUUACGUAAGUGAAAACAACAUUCUUAUGAUUGUCAUACUGAAAAAGUCUGCUUUGUUGGAGAUAAUCCAGUGUUGAUCAUAGAUCACAGCAUUUCUUUCUGCUGUACAGAUCAGAGAAGAGCAAUUCAUGAUCUUUUUACCUGUCUGAGUCAAGCUGCCAUACAGGCAGCCCAGAACAUUUCUGUGAUACACCUGACAUGAUGACCACUGCCAUCAACGGGGUCAGCACGUCCCUGAAGCAGACCAAGAACAUUGGGCCCAAGAAGCAAGUGCUGGACAACAAGACUGUGAUAGAGAACAUACGCGAGCAUGAGAUCUCUAAGUCUUUUGCUGUGGGGAAAGUCUGCUACUCCUGUGAACUUGUCUGUAAAUAUUUUGCUGCCGGCAUUGACUUCAAUGCCAGAGACAGUAAAACAGGUGAGACGUUCCUGCACGCAUUGACAGACUACACCCACCUGUACCUGACUGCCAAUGGCACCCGCAUCAUGUACAUGUUGUCCACUAAGGUGGACAUUGAGGUGCCAGACCAGAAUGGUGACACUGUUCUACAUAAGGUUGUCAGGGUGCCUGGUGCCUGGAGAUGUAUUGUGGCUUUGAUGAGGUGUGGUGCUUGUCCUCUAAUUAAAAACAAAGCAGGUCGCACACCUGAAGAAGAAAUCCUGCACUUAAAGAACACAGGCUGGGAGGAAAACCUGCACUGGCUGAGAAAAUAUCACCCAGGUCUUUGGGCAGCUGUAAAGUCCACGACCCCUGACCCUGUGCUGAUAGAAAGGCUACUGAGGUACUGGUGCAGGACUGUUAAGAUCAUUGGACGCGAGACAGCCAACUUAAAGUGCCAAGUCCACCUGUGUGAGACCCACCUUGACACUGUGAUGCUGCUAGAGAAGUAUGAGAACACCAAUGAAAUGGCUCUAGCCAUGUUGAGUGGGAAGCUGCAGUUUGUUGGCAUGUGGAAGGCUGCAGAACACCUGCAGAAAGUGGACAUCAACACCAAAGACCACUCGUACCAGUUCUACUACAGGGACUACCCCACAGCGCCACGCCCACUUCUGGCGGCAGUCUGGGAGAUUAACCAGAUCCAGCUGGUGGAGGCGUUCAUGGAGCUGCACCCAGACACCUCGGUCAAGUACACGUUUGAGUCUGAGGCUGCCAGUCCACCCAAACCUCUGUUCUUUCAGCUUGUCAAUCCCAAGUUCCGGCCACAAGAUGAAGCCAUAACUGCCAGAAUUCUGCGUGACUCAGACCUGAGUAUCCGUAAUGUCCAUGGCCAGACGGUGUUGAUUGAGGCCAUGUGCAAUGGAGAGACUGAGGGGGUCAUUCAGGCCAUCCUCAACUCUGGGGUCAACAUAGCGGCCAGGGAUGCCCUGGGUAGGACGGCCAGGGACUACUGUGACAUCCUCAACCGUCUAGACUACCAGGAACUAAUAGACGGCCAUAUCAUGCACCUUAUCCAAGAGUGUGACAUAGUUCGCCUGGAGUCCCUGGUGCUACAGCUGUACGACCAUUUGCUGCCUGUCUCAUACAAGUGCAGCUUCAAGAGUAUUGUAAGGCAGAAGGGAUCCAAGCAACUCCAUGAAGUCUUUAAAAAUAUUACUGCUACACAGGCGCACGUGACCAAAUUAUUUUCACUUGUCAAGUCUGGCAACAGAGAGCAGCUGAUGAAGAACAUGAGUCGCAAGUACACAAACGCCAGGGACAAAGCUGGCAGGACCUUGCUCCACUACGCUGUCCAGCACUCAUCCGCCCAGCGGACAGUGGACAACUUCAGUAGCCAGGGGUCACUCAACACCAGGAACAAUAACCCAGACAGUAAUGGGGGGAUAAUUCUGAGUGACAUCAACUUGACAAAUAACGACCCUAACACCGCCAUCUCCAGCUCUGACACUGCUAGGCUUUACAACACAACCAAGGCCAACACUGGCCAAAAGAAAGAGUGUAGCUUCAGAAAACGCUUCUGUCCCAAGAAUGCAAACUUUACACAAGAUUAUGUCGGGAUUAUAAAGUAUUUAGUUCAAGAAUUUCCUGCCAUGUUGGGACAGAAAAACAAUCUUGGUCAGACACCACACCACUAUGCUUACAUCUACUCUGCUGACAAGGAAAUCCUAGAUCUGAUAGACAAAACUGGUUCCUGCGGACACCUCAAAGAUGUGUUUGACUUUGUACCAGAAGACUACGAUUGUUCACAGUGUGGAGAGCAGACAUUCAAUGUCAGACGGCGACCUGUUGUUGGGCUUGACCUUGACAUAUUUCUCACAGAGUCCAAUUUUGAGCAACGUUUUCAUGAGGCGAUAAAUACAGGGAACCUGGAUGAGCUGAAGAAGCUGGUGCCCCCACUACUGGAGCACAAGGGUGAGGCCAGGUUCAGCCAGGCACUCUUUGACUGCCUGGACGCUGGUCAUGUCAACCUGGCCAGUUUUCUGGUCCAGGAAGGAUUUCAUACGGAUAUUUCUAAACAGUAUGAAGUCUGUGACUCUGAUGACCCCAUGUGUGCCAUGAUGGAGUGCAGCCACGCCGUGACCUCAUUCAGACAGCGAGCCACAGAUGUCGGUGCCACAGACCUUGUCAGACUGAUGGACCAGUUACUGGAGAACAGGGUUGUCUAGGUCAGUUUAUAUAUAGCACAGUUUUUAAAGCAACAGCAGACAACCUUGGAGAAACUUGUAGACCUACAAACUAGUAGCCUCACCUUUUAGAAAAAAACAAUAGAUACAGUAAUAUAUUGCUAAUAGUCUUUGCUUUUUUAUUACUAGUCUAUGCAGGUCUACAAGAGAAAUCUGUACAUUUGUAAAGAAAAUAAAUGACGAUUAUCAUUGUUUUUUUAUGAUUAGAUCUUAGUUUGCUUUAAAAUUUUGUUAAUGUUACCUGCACAAAUAUUUUACCAAUGAAAAUGUAAAUUUAACAAAAAUAUAAUGCUUUUGCUGGAGUUGUUCUACAUUUACUUUUUAAAAAAAACUAUUUCUGGGUCGUAAAGAAAAUAUGCUAAACAACCAUGAGUAAUUUUUUAUAUUAUUACAUGUACACAACUCCUUGUAAUAUAUUGAAGUUAAUGUAAAAAUGUGUACAUUGUAAAAGCUUUUAAUGUUUCUAAAAUGUGUAUUGAUUAUGUAUCUUUUUAUUUAGAUUUUUAAAUGAAAAAAAACUUGCACAAAUAUAUUGAGCUGUUGAAAUCUUCAUACUCUGUUAUUUCUGCAUGAAAAUAAAUUGCAAAUUUUUGUUUCUACUCAUCUGGUGAUUUUAGUACUGUUACUUGAUAUGGUAAAAUUACUGUGGUUACCUGAUGUGAAAAAUGAUGUGUUGUUUCUAUUACCUUGUGAUCCAAUUUAACAGUGAUAAAGCCCUAAAAUAUGAUUGUUUUACACUGUAAAUUAUAUAUUUUUUAUCUCCCUUUACUUUAGAAAUCCAACUUGUAGUGUUUUCAUAUAUUAAAUGUAGUUAAAAAGAUUUGUUUAGUUCAUUUGUCAAAAUAAUUAAAGCUGGCAUAAUCUAAUAUAAAAUAUGUAUAUACAAGCUAAAGUUUAUGGCGAUUUUUCUUUUAAUUAAUGUUCAUUUAAAAUAUGCUUUACUUACAUUUUUACAUUUUUUUGCUAAUUGGUCAGAAGAGUGGUGCUUUAGUAGAGUAGCGCAUGUAAUUUCCACUGACCAUCUCUGGCUAUGGGUCAAACUAUUAACAUGGCUGUCCUGGCCAGCAUCACCACCUUCAUUAUCACCACUAUUGGUAUCAAUAUUGCCACUACCAUCUUUAAUCACCACUAUUGGUAUCAAUAUUGCCACUACCAUCUUUAAUCACCACCAUUGGUAUCAAUAUUGCCACUACCACCUCUAAUCACCACCAUUGGUCAAUAUUGUCACUAUCAUCUUUAAUGACAACAUCAUCCUUACCACCAGCUUCACCAUUAUCAUGAGCAUCACCUAGAUAUGUAUCAUCCACCUUUUUCUGUUGUCAAGUUAGGCACAACUCUAUCAACUCUUGCAGAAAAACAGCGCAGUCAAUGAACUCCACCAUCUCAUGUUAUACUGUAUUACUGUCCGUCUUUUCCACUGUUUUAUUGUCAGUCUUUACUGUAUAUGUCUGUUUUACUGUCAGUCUAUACCACUAUUGUAUUGUCAGUCUUUUCCACUGGUUUACUGUCAGUCUAUAUGUCUGUUUUACUGUCAGUCUAUAUGUCUGUUUUACUGUCAGUCUAUAUGUCUGUUUUACUGUCAGUCUAUAUGUCUGUUUUACUGUCAGUCUAUAUGUCUGUUUUACUGUCAGUCUAUAUGUCUGUUUUACUGUCAGUCUAUACUCUAUACGUCUGUUUUACUGUCUAUAUGUCUGCUUUACUGUCAGUCUAUAUGUCUGUUUUACUGUCAGUCUAUAUGUCUGCUUUACUGUCAGUCUAUACUCUAUAUGUCUGCUUUACUGUCAGUCUAUACUCUAUAUGUCUGCUUUACUGUCAGUCUAUAUGUCUGUUUUACUGUCAGUCUAUAUGUCUGCUUUACUGUCAGUCUAUACUCUAUAUGUCUGCUUUACUGUCAGUCUAUACUCUAUAUGUCUGCUUUACUGUCAGUCUAUAUGUCUGUUUUACUGUCAGUCUAUAUGUCUGUUUUACUGUCAGUCUAUAGGCCUGCUACUGUUUUACUGAGUUACUUUGUUGUCAUUUCUUUAUAGUUGAUUAAAGAAAAACAUUUCCCAUACAGUAGAACUUGUUGUUCAGUAAGUUAACAGUUUGUACAUUGCUGAUCAAACUAAAAAAAUAUUAAUAAAGUAGCUAAUUGAUAACUACAGAUAAAUUGUUUUUAUUCUUUUGACUAUGUAUUUGAGAUUGUAAUAAAUGAUACUACUUCAGGGAAUGGUUACUUAUACAAAAUAUUUUUUUUUAUUAUUUGUUUUCAUAUAUCACUAGCUCUUAUCAUAGAUUCAAAUACAACCACACAAAAAACAGCUGAUUUCAUACUUGUAGGUAUGCUGGCAUUAGAUUCUCUGCUUGACAAACCUCAAGUGCAGUCUAGAUUUUCAAAACGUUGUAAAAUACUAGAAAGUUGUAUUGUUAAGUUGAUUUUCGUUUGUUUAAAAAUGUGAAAUAAAUUUUUAAAAUAUG